AUGUCUGAUAACGUCUAUGUCGUUGCUUCCUGCAGAACCCCUGUUGGUUCCUUCCAGGGAUCAUUGGCUUCCAAGACCGCCAUUGAAUUGGGUACUGCCGCUGUGAAAGGCGCAAUCUCUAAAGUUCCACAAUUGAAACCAGAGACCGAUUACGAUGAAAUUAUCUUCGGUAAUGUCUUAUCCGCCAACUCCGGACAAGCCCCUGCUAGACAGGUGGCUCUAGGUGCAGGCCUGCAUAACCACAUCGUGGACACAACUGUUAACAAAGUAUGUGCUUCUGCUCUAAGGAGUAUUAUCCUCGGAGCUCAGAGUAUCAAAUGUGGGACUUCCGACGUCGUCGUCGCAGGUGGUUGUGAAUCUAUGACCAACACACCAUACUACAUGCCAGCAGCACGUUCCGGUGCUCGCUUUGGUGAAACUAAACUAGUCGACGGUAUUCAAAGAGACGGUCUUAACGACGCCUACGACGGUCUUGCCAUGGGUGUCCACGCGGAGAAAUGCGCUAGGGACUGGGACUGCAGCCGUCAAGACCAGGACGAAUUUGCCAUUUCCUCCUAUCAAAAGGCCCAAAAGGCUCAGAAUGAAGGCAAAUUUGACAAGGAAAUCGUGCCUAUCACUAUCAAGGGUUUCAGAGGUAAGCCUGACACGCAGGUGACUAAGGAUGAAGAACCAAGUAAAUUAAACGUGGAAAAAUUGAAAUCCGCAAGAACCGUUUUCCAAAAGGAAAAUGGUACCGUGACAGCACCAAACGCAUCUCCUUUGAACGACGGUGCCGCUGCUGUUAUUCUUGUGUCUGAGAAGAAAUUGAAGCAAUUGGGUUUGAAGCCAAUCGCCGUGAUUAGAGGAUGGGGUGAAGCUGCUCACGAACCUGCAGAUUUCACGUGGGCUCCUUCAUUGGCCGUUCCAAAGGCAUUGACCCACGCUGGUAUCAAGGACAUCGGCCAGAUUGACUUCUUUGAAUUCAACGAGGCGUUCUCAGUGGUUGGAUUGGCCAACACCAAGAUCUUAAAGAUCGAUCCUUCCAAGGUUAACGUUUACGGUGGUGCCGUCGCGCUAGGACAUCCAUUGGGUUGCUCCGGUGCUCGUAUCGUUGUGACUCUUUUGUCAGUGCUAGAACAAGAGAACGGUAAGCUAGGUGCAGCCGCUAUCUGCAAUGGUGGUGGUGGUGCUUCAUCUAUCGUUUUAGAAAAAUUGUAG